CAGCCAUGGCGAGGAAACCCCGUUGACAAGGCACUGCUUUUUCAUGACGGUGUCAUGGAUGAUGAGGAUGACCGCCAUCUUCUGGAUAUUUUAGGAGAUGUGGAUGCAUUGAAUGACUAUCUCCAUGGCAACAACAGCAAGUCCAUUGAAGAGGACGACGUAGCCAAUGCUGCGUACGGCUCGGACGCGUCUUUCUUUGCUGGUGAUGCUGUGAGUACAAGAGCGAACGCUGGACUCAAAGAUGGUGCCUCCACAAUGGCGGGGUUCGAUGGGGAUCCGACGGGGGAUGGCCUCCAGCUCUCUGGCAGCCUUUCAUUCAUCGAGGACCACCUGGGAGUGGGGAGCCCCCCCGGAGGCGGUGUGGACCUUGGUGAAGAGCAGCCCUUCGACAUCCUUCAAAAGUCCCUGCUGGAGGCCGACAUCACGGAGCAGACUUUGGCGCAGGAGGCCUUGUUGGACACCCAGCCUGCGCCCACCCUCGUGCAGGCCCCUGUGCCCUUCUCCUCCCAGCUGGUCUCUGGGGGGUACGGGGGAGGCGUGGUUACUACAGCGGCGACGACGACAUUACCGGCUGCACAGUUCCUUCAGGGCGUGUCGCCGCUGCCGAAUGGCUCCACGCAGCACAUCCAGCUGCUGGGGUCCUUCGGGACGGGAAGCGGAGUCAUGACCCUGAGUGGUCUGGAAAGAACUCCUCAGAUCGUGCUGAGGGCGGCCGGCCCCGUCGCCACGUCGGGGUCCCCGGCCCCAGGCGGGCAGGUUUUCGCCCCCACCCAGGGGCAUCUGAGCCAAGUGGGCUUCAAGAACAUUCCCCUCCAGAACGUCAUCAUCCAUAGAGGUCCGGGAGGGGCGCAGACUCUUGUCAGGCCCAUUCAGCCUAAACCACAUCAAACUGGGACUCAGACUGUAUUCAGCCUCCAGCCUGCGGCCCCAACCUUGGCUAGCGUGACUACCAACGCUACACCACAGUCGACCACCAACGGCUCUUUGGUGGUGGAUCAGCAGCAACCACAAACUAACAUACAAGCAGGACAGUUUUUGCUACCUACGCCUUUGGCCGUCCAUAACGGCCCCACCGCAGACCAAAUCGCACCACAUAACACGGUGCAGUUAGUCGCCGGGCAAAAACUUACAACGCAGGCAGGUGGACAGCUAAUAUUGAAUCAGGGAGCAACGACCGGCAGCGCAGCGCAAACACGGAAGACCGUCGCACCUGCCACGUGUGCCCCUGGACGGCUGUCACUGAUCAGCCAGGGGCAGUACUCUGGCAGCCCCGUGCAGCGGCUUCUCGUCACGCAAACGCCGAACUGUACGUCUUUGUCUCCUUUACCCAACACGCCCGCACAAGAACACAGACAGGUGAGCAGUACUCUGCAAGUUGUACUACCUAAAGCUGAUCCUGUAUUCCAGCUCAACGCACAGAAGAGGCCUGCCCCCGCACCACUGACAAAAGGAGGAAUAAUUUUACAGCAGCUAAGGGAACAUCACGAGCGGGUGGACAGGCCUGACCGGAGACACUUUACGUCGUUCAGUGACGUGCUGCAAAGGCUCCUGCCCUUUCAUGUGUUCCAGGGUGCACCGCCUAGCCACGAGGAGUUCUCGCAAGUGGAUGAGGAGUUCGAAUCGGUUGCGACUCACGUUUUGAUGAAGACCCAGGCCAUGAUCAAUAAAUACAGACGGCUGCUUUUGACUGAAUCUGAGCAUUCCAGUCCUUCGUCAGAGAUGGUGAUGAUCGACAGGACCUUCAACCAAGAGGAGCGCCACUGCCUAACGCAAGACAAGCGUAUGCUACUCGUGGAUCCAGACGCUUUCCUGGAGGACUUCUGCUGCGGGCUGAAAUCCAAACGUUUGCCAGAUCCCGUCCCCUCUCCUCCGCCGCUCGCAACUGACUCCGAUGAGCCGGCGUUUAGGACAGACUCGCCGCCUGGCUUCGGCGACCCGGGAGGAGGGGGCGAUGACAAACUCCAAGCUUCACGCACGGGCAACAAAAGCGUCUUGGAUGUGAAGCGAUCCCAGGGGGAGGAAGGUAGCAACUCAUCUUUUGCAGAAAGGGGGCACACACACCAACAGGCGGCAUCGCCCCCACACCUGGACACAGACUCCGCUCUGGAGGCGGCCGUCAACAGCAUUCUAGAAUGUUAA